AUGGUUGCCUCGAUCAAAACAAGGCCUCCUAGGCUGGAGAUUGAAGACUUGGAGAUUCAAGAAUCAGAUCCCAGGUACGCCGCUGCGGUCAGAUGUGUUCGAAUAUACUGGAAACAAGCGACACGCUUGACCUGCGCACAACGCACAAGAUUUCUAGGAUUUUUGAAAACGGGAGGCGAGGUGGACUACUUGUCAAAGACUUCGGUGACUUCACACAUUCUGUAUACGAACGCCCGCAAUUACCAGGGCAAAAUUCCGACAGAGGAUAUCCGCUGGUCUGACUACAUGUUUCUCUUAUCAUUAUAUGGAAAUUUGCCCGCGGACUUUGUCACAGCUGUAACAGAAAGAUAUUACAGCGCCAACAUUUUGGACUUUACAGAGGAAUAUCGAAGCUACUAUCCAGAACCAACACCACGCAGCCAGGAGAUCACCACAGAGUCCAUUAAAACUAGGCAGCCGAUCAACAUCGACCUUACGCAGAACAACGAGAUCUCGAACAAGAAACCAAAUGCUUCGCGUGAUUGGAAGAAGGACAGCGGUGAAUCAAUCGCACCUCGCCAUAAAGAGAAUGCUACGCAUGCUCAGAAGAUAAAGGCCGUCUUUAAACUCAUACCACGACAACACAUUGCGAUUAUAACACAGAAGGAUGAUGAAGUAGGAGCCUCAACCAGCCAGCAACAAGACAAUAUACCUCAUCGACAUAAGAAUGUCGUUAUGCCGACCACAAUUAAUGGCCAGCAGCAAGAUACCAUACCUGCACAGGAGAAUGGCGAUGAGACAUCAGCUUCAACAAGCCAGAACGAGAAUACUACAGCUGCAGGAACUCAGCUUCCCCCAGAGGCACCAGCAAAUGCGGAGCCUGUGGUACCAGAGACAUGGAACAUUGACAAUAUUGUUGGCAUCUUAUCUCUACAGAACAAGAAGAGACUAUGCCCCGCGCCUGAAAGUUCUUCGAAACGUGCGAAGUUGGAUGGCAAUGAAAUAUUGGAAAAGGUCAAUGAGCGGGCCGAAAACAUCCAGCAAGCUAUGGACAAGUUACAAUGCAACCACGAUAGCAAGCUUCAGGAAGUGCGCGAAGCUGUCGAACAGAAUAAGCAGGCUCUCGAAGACAUGCGAAGUGAAUUACGCAAGUUCAUGUCGGCGGUUGCAACAACUCUCCGAAAUAUCCAAGAGCGUCUAGAGGAGUGA